AUGGACGCCUCCUCCCUCCGCAUCUCCAAGUUCGAUGGAACUAACUUCCACGCCUGGAAGUUCAAGAUGCAGAUGGUGCUGGAGGAACGGGACCUAUGGGAGGUCGUCAGUGGUGAGAUCAAGGCGGAACAGUGCGAGACUCAGUUGGACCAAGCGACGUACAAGAGGAAGUCAAGAAAGGCGAUGGCAGUGAUCUGUCUAGCCAUGGAAGAUUCCCAGCUACCGUUGGUCCGGUCGGCAAGUGGUGCAUGCGACGCAUGGUCAAGGUUGGAAGACCACUUCGAGAAGAAGAGUCUUGCCAACAAGCUGUUCUUGCGCCGUCGCUUCUUCACGACAAUGAUGGAAGAAGGCGACGAUGUGCUCGAACACAUCAACAAGCUCAAGACGCUGGCGGAACAGCUAGAAGCGGUGGGGGCUCCAGUCUGCGAGGACGAUCUGGUGAUCACACUCCUCGGCAGCCUGAGUGACUCGUAUCAAUUCUUGAUCACAGCUUUGGAGUCGCGCUCAGACACUCUUAGCUGGGAGCUCGUGACGUCUCGACUGCUUCAUGAAGAAAUGAAGCGGAAGGAGCAAGGAAGUAAAGGUGAUGAAGCUUCGCAAGGUCAAGCGUUCAUCACAAGGGACAAUCAGCGCAAAGGGCGACCAGUGAAGAAGUCCUGGCCGUGCCACAAUUGCGGAAAGAUUGGUCACUGGAUGGCGGAGUGCCCCUCGCGCAUCCAAGAAAACACGGAGAGACACCGGCCACAGCGUGCUCAAGACAGCGGCGACCGCUAUCGAUCACAACGUGCAAACGUCGCUCAAGAAGAAGACUCGGGCGACUACCUCUUUUCGAUCGGUGAAACGACAUCUGCGAAAUCGAGCGACAUCUGGCUGAUCGACUCGGGUGCGACGCAGCACAUGACGUGUUCCAAGAAGUUCAUGCGGAACUACAAGGGGUUUGACGCUGUGGAUGUCCAUCUCGCGGAUGAUGGAAUCGUCCAAGCAAUCGGCAGUGGCGACAUUGUGAUGACAAUGAAGACACCCCAAGGGAUGAAGAAAGGUGUGCUCACAAACGUGUGGCACAUCCCAAAGUUAUCCAGAAACCUGUUCUCGGUCGGCCGCUUCACCAAGGAUGUCGGCCCAGUGACGUUCACGAAGGAUGGGUGCUAUGGAGAAGCGAAAGGGACCAAGUGGAAAAUUGGUGCCCGUGAAGGUAAAGGACUGUUCAAGCUGCAAAUGACUCCAGUGGCGCCGGAACAAGCAAAUGCAGCCGAGUCGUCGGGAUGUCAAGGGGGCACCAAGUCGUACCUCUGGCACCUUCGGCUUGGCCACAUAGGUCACGAUGGACUCAAUUGCAUCGUGACGAAGAACAUUGGAAUUGGCAUCGACAUAUCUUCGGUGAAGAAGUGGGACGUGUGUGAAGGUUGUGCUCUGGGAAAACAGACUCGAGUGCGCUUCCAAUCAAACACUACAGCUCGCACCUCCAAACUCCUCGAAGUGAUUCACAGCGAUGUAUGCGGACCGAUGUCGAUGGCAACUUUCAGUGGAAAACGGUACUUCGUGACAUUCAUUGAUGACAAGUCAAGAUACUGUGUCGUCUAUCUGCUCAAGAGCAAAUCUGAAGUUGCGGCGAAGUUCAUGGAAUACGCUGCGAUGGCCGAAACGCAAACCGGAAAGCGCGUGAAGUACCUUCAAAGCGACAAUGGGGAGUGA